UAGUGUUGCCAAUAAGCAAAAUGGCCGCUUUCGCUGAUUGCGUCAUCAAUAUGCGCACGGAAUGGUUAGACUGUAGUUUGACAGCUGAGGUGUGACGUCAUCAGUAGGCGCCGCUGUGUACACACGUUGUGUAGCGGAGAGAUGCCGGAGCUGGGCAGGAUAUGUGUGCGGGAUCCGAGCUCUGUGUUGCCGGACGGGUUCUGGGCGGCGGUGACGGUUUGGGUGGAGAAACCGCAGGUUGUGAAUAAGAGGCUGUGCGGCUCCUGUGUGGAGCGGAGCCUGGAGGAGGCGGCGGUGCGGAGGCUGCUGUCCGGGCUGAGUUCUCCGGGAGGAGAUGAGGAGGUGCUGGGCCGGAUCCGGGGGUGUGAGGAUGUUGGGGCGGCCAUGCUGAGGACCAUAAUCCCAAAGACUAACCCGCACUACCCCAACACCGAGCCCCGGAAGGAGCUCAUCAUAUCAGAUGUCGCCAGCAACAUUGUGACAUUUCUACCAUUGGAAGAACUGAGCCCCGGACACUUCCAGGUGAAGAAAAACAACAUUUAUGAAAUCCGUCUUGGACCUGUCCAGGAUGAUGAAUGGUCACUCUCCCUGUUCACUUUAGAUGCAGAGGGCUGGGAAUCAGAUGGCGUUAUAUACCCUAAAAUCUCCUGGAUGAAAAAUGAGCUGCUGUCUCGGCUGGCAAAGUGGUCUACGGAGGACAAGAAGAGCGACUUUAAGAGCACCCUAUCGCUCAUUGCCGUGGAUAAAUAUAGCAAGCUGUAUCAGAGCCUGAAGGAGAAGUACAAAGAUAUGGUGAAGAUCUGGCCUGAAGUGACAGAUCCUGAAAAGUUUGUCUAUGAAGAUGUCGCAAUAGCAACCUACUUGUUAAUUCUUUGGGAGGAAGAACAAUCACAAAAACAGCUUAAAGAGAAGCAAUCCUUUGUAGACUUGGGAUGUGGAAAUGGGCUUCUGGUUCAUAUUUUAAGCAAUGAAGGGCACCCAGGUCGAGGCAUCGAUGUCCGCAGGAGAAAAAUCUGGGAUAUGUACGGGUCACAAACUAUUUUGGAGGAAUCUGCCAUCACCCCAAGCGACAAUUACUUAUUUCCAGAGGCGGAUUGGCUAAUCGGAAACCAUUCUGAUGAGCUGACACCAUGGCUUCCUGUAAUCGCUGCUCGGUCAUCUUAUUCUUGCCGCUUCUUUGUGCUGCCAUGCUGCUUCUUCAGUUUCUAUGGCAAGUACAACAGGAAAUCCAGUAAAAAGACUCAGUACAGAGAAUACCUCGAUUUUGUCUGUGAAGUUGGAACACAGUGCGGAUUCAUUGUGGAAGAAGAUUGUCUGAGAAUCCCAUCCACUAAAAGAGUGUGCCUUAUCGGGAAGUCAAGGUGCUACUCUCCUGCAGAGGAAGCGCAGGCGGACGCACAGAGGGCGCAGUAUAUCUCCAGUCAUACGACCGAGUGUAGAAAUAGCGAAGCCGCUUCUGAGACCUGUAAUCAUAACGCUGACUCUGCAAAUGGUGACGUCAACUCAGACAGUGUGAACAGUCGCCUAAAGACACCACCAGAAAACUGGAUAUCAGGCUUCCGACCUAGAGACAAAGUGGAACAAGUCAGGAACUGUGCGUUACUUCCCAGGGACUUUAUUGAGAAGGUGGUCCUACAAGUCGCUCAGUUACUACUUUGUUCUGAAAUAGAAGAAAAAGAUGACCUAUCUACAGAUGGAGGGAAGGAGUCAUGGAAUAGAGGGAGAAGUCUUCCAUUACGUGAAGUAGCUGAAGUCCUGGACAAGGCGACCUUACAAAGACUCAAGAAGGAGUGUGGAGGAUUGCAGACCCUUCUCAGAAACAAUCACCAAGUCUUUCAAGUGAUGAAUGCAAUGGUUUCCAUACGCGACUGGAGCCAAGAGACCCGAACCGCUACAGAUAAACACAGGACGGAAGCCAAGCGCAAACUUUCGGCAGAUGCGUUAAAGACGCGGCUCUGCUGGUUUUACACCAACCAUCCCAAUGGCUGCCCGCGUUCAGCUAUUCACUGCCCGUACGCACAUGGAGCUGAAGAACUGCGGCAAAGUUCUCUUUCCAAAAAACAUAGACUGUGAUAAUUCAUCUCUCUCUCUAAAAAAAAAA